AUGCCUCUGACUCAUUACCACCAAGGCUGCAACAACAACACCGUGGCUAAAGGUGAGAUAUUAUGGCGACAAAUUCUAGAGAAAAACAGUCACGGAACUGUCCAGCUGAUGCAUGUGGACGUAGAGAUGGUCACAGUGACUGGCUCUGGACCUUACACGGUGCGAGGGUGGAACAUCAAUUUGGGCAACAUGCUGUACGAGUGGAGUAUCACAACAGUGAGAUGGCGGAAUGUGAAGUGGGCUGUACACCAGGGUAAGCUGUACAUGGUCAACAUAGGAGCACAAGAAGCAGAGGUCUCCGUGUACAAACGUCAGGGUAGGGGGUCAGCCAGUCACUACACAUCCCUGCGUCUGCCACACACUCCUGACAAACACAAAUCAAACCAUCAUCUGGUGGCCAUCUCUGCAGACCAAUUGAAGCUUUUAGACUUUGAGGUUCCAGCCGACAGUAACAUCGCAGUUCACACUCACCGCCGAGCAGAACCUCAUCAUCAUCGUUCAGCCUUCAGAAAAGGAACUGACGGUGAGUGGGCGGAUACUCGAGACAGGUGCCACAGUGCCGGAGUUGAGUGGCCAACUGUCCCACGUAUUCCCGCUAGCUGCUUGUGA